GACUCCGCUGAGCACGUCUCCGGAGCACCGGCUGUGAAAUCUAAAUCUGAGGAUGAUUAUGGAGCACAAAGGACUGCUGCUGGUGCUGCUGCUGCCGGUGUUCAGCCUCAAAGGAGUAUUUUGCGCAGUGGUACCAUGGACGGAGUUCAGUGAAGCAACGGCUUAUUUGAGGCAGUACGGCUACCUGAAUGAGCCCAUCGAUACAUUGGACCCUCGUUACCUAGAGGAGGUCAUUGAAGGCCUCAGUGUCUUCCAGAGAGUGAAUGAUUUGCCACCUACUGGAGAGUUAGAUGAAGCCACACUGGAAGUGAUGAACCAGCCCCGCUGUGGUUUGGAGGAUCCUUUCAACAAGAAAUUUCACAAGUACAGAGUGAUGGGCCGCUGGAGGAAAAGGAGCUUAACCUAUCGCAUCUACAACUACACUCCUGACAUGAUCAAGUCAGACGUCAGGAACGCCGUCCGUUCUGCCUUCAAGUACUGGAGCGAUGUGGCGGCUUUGACCUUCAGAGAGGUCGAUUAUGGCAGAGCCGACAUAAAGAUCUCCUUCCAUAAGAAAGAUGGAUUCUGCUCUGUCCCAUUUGAUGGCCGUGGUCAUGUACUGGCCCAUGCUGAGUCACCAGAAUCGGGUAUUGUCCACUUUGAUGAGGAUGAGUUCUGGACUGAGGGAACAUAUUAUGGCACUAAUCUGCGUAUUGUAGCUGCUCAUGAAAUUGGCCAUGCUCUCGGCCUGGGUCACUCUCAGUUCAGAAGCGCUCUGAUGGCACCGGUCUACUCUGGUUACCGUGUCAACUUCAGGCUGCACUCAGAUGACGUGAAUGGCAUCCAGGCACUAUACGGCAAACGCAUCAUAAGCACGUUAGCCAGUCCCACAACUCCAGACAGUCUGGUUCCCACAGUGAGCAGCCAGGGGACUGAGAACAUCCCUGAUCCCUGCACAGCAACACUGGAUGCGAUUAUAUUAGGUCCCUGGGAGAAAACCUUUGCUUUUAGUGGUGAUUAUGUGUGGACUAUCUCUGACCUGGGACACAACCCACCUAUAAGAAUUGACAGACUGUGGAGCGGCCUCCCAGGAAACCUAAAUGCUGCUGUGUACUCUCAGCGAACCAACAAGACAUAUUUCUUAAAAGGCAAUAAAGUGUGGAGGUAUACCAGUUUUGUUCUGGACUACGGCUACCCCAAAGAGCUGAAAAGGAUUCCCCCUAAUAUCGAUGCAGCCCUGUAUCUGAAGAAGAACAAAAAGCUUGUCUUCAUUAAGGGAUCAGAGCACUGGCAGUGGGAUGAGCUGAAAUACAACGACCUAACUUUCUACCCCAAGCCGCUCAGCAUGCUCUUCACUGGAGUGCCACCCGCUCCUCAUGCAGCCUUCACCUGGACCAAUGGCAAAAUAUACAUAUUCAAGGGAGACGACUACUGGCGAGUGAAUGAGCAGCUGAAAGCAGAGAGAGGCUAUCCACUGAGCAAGAAGAAACGCUGGAUGCGAUGCUAGUGCUCCACCAUCAGGGGGCAGCAGGUACCAAAAGGUGUGAAGCACAGGGCAUUUACAAGCCACCCUAACCUCAAGAGCAGCAAUUCAUCGUAAGUAAUCACUGACCACAUUAAUGGAAAAGCUAGUGUGGGAACCUGUACCCUCGAGAGCAGGUUUGUGUUUGUGUGUCUCUGAAUGCAGGAUUGUGCAAACUUUUGUAUUAUAUGAUCCUUGAGAAAAAUCAAAGCUGUUUUGUUUUUUGUUUUUUCCAUUUAACAUGUGUGUUGGAUUAGCUGUCACUAUACACUCAGUAAGACGUAAUACGAUGACGGGAACGUGCACUUUCUGGUCAGUUGUGUUUAUGGACUUCAUUGCGUUCAAUGAGUAACACUGGUCUGCGAGAAAAGCACGAGACACUCACUCGUUCCCUCGUUUAAAGUGAAAAUGUAUCAUUUUCUACGAAUAAACAAGACAUAACAUCAACAAUAAAA